AUGCAGUGUCCAUCAAACCUCAAAACCUAUGUCUUUAGGUCAAUAUUCCUUCCUUACUUCUCUACCUCCACUUCCCCUUCUACAUCCUCUGUACGCCAAUAUACCACAGCGGCAGCGGCAGCGGCAGCGAUCAAUCAGACUACAUCAAUCCAAUGUCGCCUCACUCAUUCUCGCUCCACAGCCAAAGGGACUAGCAAACACCCAACGCCAUCAUCCUUCUACAAUAGAUCUAUAUCAACCCUUCAGCAUGUCAGGGGACAUGAUCCACCGCAGAUCGAUAAGCAGACAAUUGCUCAGAAACGGACUAGAGAGUAUCUUGGGUUCGUCAACCAGGAUAAUAUCAAGAGAGACCAGCUCUCCAGUCAAGCUAAGACGAGCGUCAGGGCACUCGAGAAGAUCUUGCAGUCAUAUGGAUCCAAUGGACGUGACCCCAAAGCUGGGAGCAUCAGCAAAGGAAAGGCUCGAGAGGAAAUUAUCGAAAAUGGAUCUACUUUUAAUACAUCUAUCCAGCGGGACAACGUCUCAGUGACAUGGGCAUCGACGCCUUCUUCAUCAGCCUUUCAGCUGCAGCAGCCACCUCAGAAAACCAGUUCUAAAAUCUCAACCGUACAAGAAUCCAUCUCAAAUAUAACGCCACAUCUCUCAUCCACCACGACAUCCUCACAUCUAUUGAAAUCCACUCAAAACAAUUCUCCCAUCACUUCUUUUCCUCCGACAAUCCAACGACUUCUCUCAGCUCGUCUAUUCCGAUUGGCAGUAUUCCAUAUCCUCUCAACUCCAGAAUACGCGACAGAUCGUUCAAUCAUACUGGGCAUAGCAGGUCACUUGGAGCAGAAAGGUGCAGGUAAAUUAGCAAGCCGGUUAAGGAGGGGGUGGGAGAAUAGUCGAGACUUAUCAGUGUCGACCAGUGACACUCCGGAGGAAGGAAAAUAUAUAGAUGGGAGUGGUAAAAGACCUAUAUCGAAGCUUCGCUUGCACUCCGACCCCAAAUCUAACGACAAACCAAAAGAAAGACUACCGCCAAAUUACUGGCAGAUCCCUAUCGUACCACCUUCGAAACCUCCCUCGGAUCCAUCUUCCAAUUCAACCAAAGAAGAACGUCUGACAGAAUACUACAAUGCUCAUCUUGAAUUUCAACUUAAAAAACCAUUGUUUUCAUCGGUGUCAUCUCGAUGUGUCACAUCGUCCUCAAUAUCAAAUCUGAAUGACUGGCCACAUGCCUCGACCAACCUGAACCAACUUCGUAAGCUUUUAAGCACGAUUGUCAAGUUAGAGAGAACAAGGGGAUUCAAACCUGAUCGUAAGACUGGGAAUUUGAUCAUUAGAUGCUGGUUAAGGUCUAUGAUACCGUCCCCAUCGUCUCAUAAUGGAGAAAAAGAGGUACAAUAUAGAGAGUAUAAAGAUAGAUAUGGGCAUAACAAAUUUGCUAGAAAACAGUCGAGCGAUAAACGUAGUUUGGGUGUAAAGGAAAUAAGAGGGCUGUUCGAGCUGUUAAGCAGGAUUAUCGUAUCGACUCGGACUCCAGGUAUCAGCAUCAAACCUACUACUCCUCAUGUCGAGAACACAUAUACGGAUCACCCCUCUCCCCAUUUCACCCAUUCUUCAUCGCAUUUAUCUGAUAGAUCUGCAAAUCCAGAGAAUAUGAAGGAAUACGAAGAGAUUGUUCGUCCAUUUGGCAAGAACAUGAUUAGGUCCAUGAAGAACCUGGGUGAUUUGAAAGGGGUGGACAUGGUCAAGCAGUGGAUGAAAGAACAGAGGGAAGUGUUACUGAAAGAUGGAGAUCGAUAG